CAUUCAGACGGCCGCGGAGACUGCCACUACUGUGUCAUUCAAGAUGCUGGCUCUCAUAAACAGGCUCCUGGACUGGUUCCGGUCCCUCUUCUGGAAGGAGGAGAUGGAGCUGACAUUAGUGGGACUUCAGUACUCCGGGAAAACCACGUUUGUGAACGUGAUCGCAUCAGGACAGUUCAGUGAAGACAUGAUCCCCACAGUCGGAUUCAACAUGAGGAAGGUCACUAAAGGCAAUGUGACAAUAAAGAUAUGGGACAUAGGAGGUCAGCCCCGCUUCAGAAGCAUGUGGGAGCGCUACUGUCGAGGGGUCAACGCUAUUGUUUACAUGGUGGAUGCAGCCGACCGAGAGAAGAUAGAAGCAUCCAGAAACGAACUGCACAACCUUUUAGAAAAACCACAACUACAAGGAAUCCCCGUUCUAGUUCUUGGAAACAAACGAGAUCUCCCCAACGCACUUGAUGAGAAGCAGCUCAUCGAAAAAAUGAACUUAUCUGCCAUUCAGGAUCGAGAGAUCUGUUGCUACUCUGUCUCCUGCAAAGAGAAAGACAACAUAGAUAUCACGCUGCAGUGGCUCAUCCAGCAUUCGAAGUCUCGGCGAAGCUGAAACUGACGGCGCGCCCUGCUCCACCGGUCGCUGCUCCGGCCUCAGCCCUCCCUCUUUCCGGUCAUGGGUCCUCGACAGUCAUCUCUUCCACUGCCUCUGCCAAGUGAUCCGGCUCUCCGCUCAGCUCCCGCGCCACCCGCAGUACACACUACCACAGCCGUGGAGCUCCUGUACAGCACUACCAACUCCCGCAACCCAUCCCAGGUCAUGAAAGGUCGUCUCACUGCUCUGCUCGAAGGUGGACUGUCCGCGCCCAUCAUGCCUUAUCGCUUGACAUUCUCUGCGUCUGUGUACAUCUUGGAGGAUUUAUCCUUUUCUUGAUUUGUACAGGAAUCUAUUGAAAAUGCAGUGUACUGUUGCCCGGCUACACUAGAAUGGAGCACCUCUAAUCAAUCAAUCAAGCCCUGUUUCAGUUGCCUGUCGACAUCUGGUGUUUACGUGACAUUUGUGUGAUUGUAGUUUUUAAACGAUGAUUUUGCCAAAAUGACGAUGGUCGCUUCUGCUAAUGCCUUUGACUCCUGAUAAACUCUGAGCGAUGUAGCCCGCAUCUUCAUAUUGCCGGCUUGUUGGAGUACGCGUAUUAUUAAGUGACUUGAUUAAAGGUUUACACACAACUUGAAGAUCAAUAGAGGGUUAAGUUUUUAGAGUGGCUGCUGUGUCUGACGCGAAAAUCCUCAGCAAAGUUUUUAAGUGCCUUCGGCUAAAAGAGAGCGCCCCAAUCAGACAGUUAUUGCCCAAUUUAAUCUCUAACCCACUAUUAUAAAUAAACACUUUAGUUACAGACUCGGUAUAAAUCCCUUAAUCACACUUAACGCCACUGCUCGACAAUCUCAUUUUGUGUUCUGUAAUCACAUAAACAUGCUGUGAUGCCUGAGAAGACGCUGUACUGUAUAAACGAUGAAGAAUGAGGAGUGAAGACAUGGGUGAAUGAGAAAAUGUUACAUUUUGUUUUUGUUGUGGGGUGAUUUUUAAUCAUUUUUUUUUCUUAAACGCUUCACUCGUAGCCUGUGACUUCGUAAUGUAGCUUUGAAACGUGGGCUGACUUUUGCUUGCAGUUCUCAGGUUGUUAAAGGAUUUAAAACUAAAUAAGAAGACAUGAAAUAGUCUGAACGCGGUGUGGGUGUGCCCCGAGUAUCUGCCCCAUAAUCCACUGUUAGUCAUGAUGGCUGAGCUUAGAGAGAACAGAGGACGGCCGCUUAGAUCAAAUCAAAGCAUCGGAUAUUUGAUGCCACACCCUCGUCUCAGUCCUGAUGCCGUUUUUCGUCUUUCUUUUCGAGGGGGAACCUCUCUGCUAGUCUGAUGACAACUUUGACUUUAAAAGAAAUUGAUUGACUUGCUGUCUCUUCCAGUGACGGACAAUUACUCCUCACAGGAUCGGCCACGUGUAUAUCGACCCGCUCCUCGCUCGGCCCGUGCAUCUUGAUCAGAUGAUGCUAUCUCGGUUGUGCAAGCGUCUCCAAAUCGGGUUAAUCCUCCCAGACACUGUAUGUAGGCUUACACUGCUUUUGCUUUUCAGUGUAUUAUUGCCCUCCGAUCAAUCACACUCUUCUCUUAUCUCACAUGUUCUGUGUCUUGUUGGUGAUCGUCGUUCUCAUAAAGGUCGAUUGUUGGGACCACAGCAGCGGUGAGGGGCUGUUCGACUGGGUGACUGUGUGGGUACAAUUUGGGGAAAAAGCUUUGUUACCUGUGUAAUAAUGAUAAUAAUAAUAAUAUAGCCUAUUUGCAAUUUGUAUGUGCAUGUGCUCAGUUUAUUCACAUUCAAUUGCAGACUUUGUAAAUAAGAAGUUAGCAUUUUUAUUCCAACAAAGGCUCCUGUAGAUGUCAUGCAUUCUUUCCCUGUGAUUGCGAAUAAAUUUGUUUUUAUUUUUAAGGAUUCCACAAUGAA